AUGCUGAAACGCGACCUGACUAGGAUGCUAAAUCAGGUGAAACGUUUGUCAAAUCGAAUCACAGAAGCGUCAGACGGAUUGAGUAAAGGUGCAGAGCUGCUGGCGCUAAAUUGCGAAACAGCCAAGGAUGAGGUGAAAGAAUACUUUCGGCGCUAUUAUCGUGAACUCAAGAAACGCGAGGAGAUGUUCAUCGAGGAAAUCGAAACAUUUCAGGCUUCCGAAACUAGACUCAUGCGUAAUUUACGCGACGUUCUCGAGAUCGAAAGUUCGAAUAUGAGUGAAGGCAGUGCAUUUCUCGAAGCAGCAUUAAAAGGUGAAAGAGAAGUGCAGGAUUCGGAAUUAGUGAAGCUGAAACACGUUUUCUCCGAAGGACUGGAAUACUUGAGAAAUUUUCAAGUAACCAAUUUGUCCGCUGCAUAUCGUUUAGUUUUACCUAUAUUAUUUGAACACUUCAUUCACAUUAUACUUCAAAAUUAUGGAAAAAUGGUGACAAGUUAUUGGUAA